AUGAUCAAACAUGCACUUUCAAUUGGUAGCAACUCUGUUGCUACAUCUGUUUUCUCAGCUCCAUCAGAUAUUUUCUCAACUGGUUGGUAUCUAGACUCUGGAGCAUCAAAUCACAUGACUUAUGAAUCAAAAGUCUUUGAUAAUAUUCAUCUUAUUAUAGCUCAUAAGAUACAUACUAUUGAUGGAUCAGUUGUUACGGAAAGCCAUGAUCUCAAAACAGGGAAGCUAGUUGGGAUAGGUCGUAAAGUUGGUCGAUUAUAUCUAGUCCAGUCUCUAGUCAUUCCUUCAAAGAUGCGAAGUCAUGUUAUUGCUUCAACUACUACUCCAUCUCACACCACCACAUCUCAGUUCAUGUCUUGCCCUCUAGCUCUUUCUUUUAAUCUUAGUACUUCUAUUUCAACUGAACCAUUUUCUCUUAUACAUUAUGAUGUCUGGGGUAAAUCUCCAAUUAUGUUAAAGGGAGAACGUAAACACAGUCACAUUAUAGAGACAACUAGAACCCAGUUAAUUUCUGGUUUAGUCCCUUCCAAUUUUGGGGGAGAAUCAGUCCUUACAGCAUUUUACACUAUCAAUAGAGUUCCAACAGUUGUCAUAGGAGGAAUAUCACCUUAUGAGCGCCUCUAUGAAAAUGAACGUCAUAAACUUGGUCAAAAGAAUGUCUUGUUUGUCUUUCUUGCCUAUGGUAUUGAACAAAAAGGGUAUCGUUGUUAUGAUCCAGUUAAUAGAAAGCUUCGUGUCUCUCGUCAUCUCACAUUCUGGUCACUUCCAAGCAGAAAAUCAUCAUCUUUUGAGUCUUUCACCCACUCUGAUCCAUUUCCUAGUGAAUCCAAUCCUAGCACUUCCUCUAUAUGUACUCCUGAAAGCCCAUCUCCUCUAGUUGAUGAUCCACCAAAUACUGAUGAUCAAGACCACUCUAUGACUCAACCCAACAGAGCAGACCUAGCAAGAGAUCCUGAGGGUGAUGUUUAG